UUAAGGGUAACGAGAAGUGCUAAAAUGUAAGUACACGAAGAGAUAAGAUUCUCUCGUUGUUCUGUGUACAACCACAAACUUGAUUCGGUUGGCUUUGGCUGUGCAUAGAAGAAAUCCCCAUCUUGAAGAAUUUGGGAGGGAUGUCGCGUCGCUGAUUGAAGGCCAUCCUGCUACCCCAUGGGUUGUCUUCACGCUAGGCGCCGGCCGUUGGCCGCUGCCGUCCGCUGGACGCCGCUUGGGGCACUGGCGCACUGCGCUGCCUCCCCAUGGAGGGCCGCGACCUCGGGUCGCUGCGCCGCGCUGCCGACCGUCCUGUCAGCCGGGAGGGCAAGGCCCCGCCGUCGCGCUACGUGCAGGGCACUACGCGUUCGAUGGAGUCGUUGUGCGUCGAGGGAAUAGCGCCGCGUCGGAUGCGGCAUCCGAGAGGUGGAGGACGCAGUCGUCGCCAAACGCCGAGAGGCAUCUCCGUUGAUUCCUGCCAUGAAAGAGAGACUAAUCGAAUCGGCAGCGCCGCAGCGGCAGAUAUGCUCCUCUUCUCCGUCUGGCUUUUUCUCAACAGGGAGCAAAAGUGUUGAUAACGUGUGAAAGAAUAAAAGGAAAGAGAGAGAGCAAAUGAUGUAUCAGUUAUCUCGUUGAUUGAAGUUUUGGGUAUAUAUACCCCGCUACAAAGGCGGUUUACAA